UUGGUGUGCUGUUUCUUUGUUUCAGACAAUUGCAUUAUCAUAGAAAUCAUGGAUAUUUCUAAUAUGGAGAGCAUGGAUAUUUCGUACAGCGAUGAUAAAAUUGGCGAAAUAUCUGAUAUGAUAUGUGAUGAAGAACAGUAUGAUGAUCAAAACAUUGCAGCGCUACAAGUUUCUCACAAAGCCAUGGCCAAUGAACUCGAUUCCCAAAAUGGUUCAACCAUUGUAACAGAACAGCAAUCUAGUAACCCAGAAAUUAAUAUUCCGCCCGUUCCCAGCAGCAAUUUCCCGGCGGAAGGUAGCGAAAAUGCUACGGAACCUAAUCGUUUUCCGCUGCAAGAUACAAAGGAUUGCAAUCAGUUCAACGUUAUUCAAAGAAGUAAUAGUUCAAUUGAGCGUAUGAAAGGAAAUUUAAUGAACACUAUGGGAAACCUUGAAAUCUGUGGAUCGGACAAGGAAAACAUGUUUACGGAAACAUGUGACAAUCGGUUGAGCGAAUUUCCCACAGAAACUAAAAGUCAUGGAUGCAGCUUUCCACUGGACGACAUUACGGAAUUUGUAUCAGCUCGUUCAUCUCUGCAACAGUCUUCACUUUCUGAAGAACAUUUUACACCAGCAAAUGAAUACCACUUUUCGGAGGCCGAUUUUGAUUGUUUACUGUCGCGGGGUUGCUCGCAAUCUACUUCAAGCUCGGUACAAUCAACUGCAGGUUAUACAUCAUCCCCUUCAACUGCAAAUCUUCCGCGAAACUCUGUGUUGGACAAUUUUGACCCACUUUUACGUCGUCAAACUAUAGUAAAGGUGGAAAAUAAAGGUGCCACUGAAAACGUCGGAGGUGACCCAUCUGCUGCGUGUCUGACUUUAGAUAGCUUUCCACAACAGCAGCCAAUUAUCGGAAGUACUUUAAACAUACCAGUGCCCAGCAACAUCAGCAACGACCGUGCCGAACAACAACUGCUAGACAGUACGUUACUACUGUUGAAUACUUUAGAUUUUUCAUUGAUACCGCAAUUGCAAAACAACCUCACCCGUUCCAAGGACAAGCAACACCAAGAAGAAAGUUCUUGUUGUAUUCUUGACACAACCGUAGUUUCAAAUUAUUGCGGAAGUCAGGAUCCUAGUGAAUGCCCUUUAGACAAAACAUUAACUAAAGAAGAAAACGAAACUAGCGAGUCCUCAAAAUCUUCGGAACAUCUUUUGUUUUCAACCAGCUCUAUAGUUCAAGAACUUUUAGACUGUAAAAGAGGUGAACAUAUUGAACCACUCGUGGAAAUUUUGAACUCUGAUGUAGAUUCUGUCCAACUUGUGCAAGCAAACGUAGACCCCGAAGAAUUGUCAGAAUUGAAUUUGAACUUGAAUAUCACACCACGUGAAGACUUGACUGUUGCACAACUACAAGAACUGGAUGUCAAAGUUUCAUUACCUGCAAAACAAGCACCAUUCGAAGUGACUACAGAGCCGACAGUAGACUUAAGCACGACUGUCAUUUCCGCAGGCGCGUCUGAUACUCAUAAUGAUAUAACGUUCCAUGACGGAAAUAUGAUUGCUGAACCGCAUCCCGAAAAACAAAACAUCUCCGUACUAAACAUGAGCGAGGAUCGAUCAGUCCCAAACGAGGAAGGUUAUGUUGAGGUUGGAAAAAAGUGUAAAUCUGAAGAAGUAAAUAUUGCAGAUAUAGAGAAAAAGAUGCAUGACGUAGAACUCAGGGAGGAAAUCAUGUUGAAGCGGAUCACAGAAAAAGAUAAAACAAUUUCCAAAAUGAGCAAUGUGGUCGAGGCAUACGAACGAACUAUAGCAGAGUUAAUAUCGGAAAAGGAAAUGUUAAUCCGCAAUCAUGAAGUGGAAUGCGAAAGUCUUAAGCAAGACAAUGAAAUCAACGCACAACAUUUGGAGUCAUUGGAAAAAACCUUUUCAAAUUUGUAUGCAAAAUAUGAGCGUAUGAAAAAGAACGCAAUUAAGUACAAAGAAAAUGAAGAUAAACUAUUAGAAAAGGUUUUGAAACUAGAAGAAUGUCUUAGAGCACAAGAGCAACGAUAUGAAAAAAUGAAAAGUCAUGCUAUGAGUCAACUGGAAAUUGCAAACACCAAAAUAGAUGAAGCGCUCCGCAACCAUUCCCAGGAAUCAGCAAAGUUAAAGGCUCAGAUAAAGAAAGAGGAACUGUACCGAAUUUCAAUCAACGAGCAAUUGAUUCAAAAAUCGAAGGAAAACGAAGAGUUGGUAAAGAUUUGCGACGAGCUAAUUAGUGAAACUAAUUAAAUGGUACACACUAUUGGCAUGAAUUAAAUUUUCCCCAAAUUCCCUUGAAUGCGCUUCAUAAAAUGAAUAGCAAAUGUAGAGAAAAAGAUUCAGUGUUUCUUUUCUCCAUCAGCCAUUUAAUGAAAUGAACAAGAGUAACAGCUGUUCACUUUGUAGUAGGUUCGCGGCACGUACCGUCUGGCUACUUUUCUUUCGACAAGUUUGAACAUUUGUGUCUAUAUCUGAAUUUCAAUAUCAAGGUGACAAGUUUUACUAAUUUUGUUUACCUCGUUUGCAAUUAAUGGCAGAAAUAUUGCUCUCUAUUUCAGUUUAUUUUUAAUAACAGUCGUAACAAACAAAACUUGAAUUAACAUCUGUCAUUACGCCAGUUAUGAGUUGUUUUAUAAACAUCCCGCAAAAUAAAUUAUUCACUUGUUCGUUAAACAACUACCACAAAAAACGCUCUUUUCCAACAAAUAUUCGCCUGAAGUUUUUCGAUACCAAUGUUAUAAUCUUCAUAAUUACUGCUAGAAAACUUGUGUAAAAAUAUUAAAAACGCAUAUAUUAAUAAAUAACUACGCAGCUAUUAUCAUACUUAAUUAUAAGUUGAUUUGAAUACACUCUUAGAAAGAUUUCUAGAAACUGUUAAAUUUUAUUCCUUCUAUAUUAUACUAAUA